CUACGUAGCCCAGGUUUGCAUUCUGUCACGUAUCACGAGUGUACACAGUACAGCGGAUGAGUGCAACUUGACACAACGGGGUCCAACAACUUGGUCCAACAGGGCGUUGUGUACAGUACACGAGUAGAAGCAGAAGCAUACAAAACAUAACUGCUAGACGGAUCAGUUCGCCUUGCAACAGGCUUAGGCCUAGUCAGAAAACGGUCAUGUACGGGAAAUGGGAAUGGUUCUGCGGAACCAACAGCACUGACAUGAACCAUGAUGACCUCGAUGUGUGGAUUGGAGACUCAUGCCUCGUGCACGGUGUGUCAACAAUCCCUCACAUUUCCUUCAUCGUAGUAUUCUCCCUUGCGUUGGUUCUGCUUCGGUGUUUCCAAAACAAAGUGAAUGCCGACUACCUUGGCGUAGGACUCGCGGUGUGCUCUCCCGGCAAUCGCCUUCAUGACUCAGUGCGGUGGCUGAUAGGCCUCGGGUCGUUGAUCGUACUGGCCGCAGCCAUCGGCGAGGGAGUUCUGACGGAUGAGACGUACCGGGCAUGGCAGCAGUCAACCCAACCCCAUUAUUACGCCCCCAGUGCCGCUGCCUUCAUUGCCAUGGUCCUGUCACUCGUCUACUACCAUCACAUGGAGCUGUGGCAGAUACCUUCAAUGUCCAUCUUGCUGCUGAUCUACUGGAUCUUGGCAUUGAUCGGGGAGUCACUUCGCCUAGCUAACCUCCAGAACCAGGAGCUCGUUGAUGUUCAAGUUUUUCGGUUUGAUCUGACAGUGAUCAUGCUAGUUUUCUAUAGUGCCCUCCUCCUUCUGGAGAUAAAUUUGGUCAGAAUCAAGGUUCUGCGCAGAGGUUGGAGCAGCAUCAACGAACAUCUUCAAAACAGCAACAUGCACUUCGUGCACCACUACGUGAACCUGGUGUCGAAGGCAACUUACUGGUGGAUGAAUUGGGUGUUCGCGAAAGGCUACAAGAAGCCGCUGGAACACGUUGACCUGGGUGACAUCCCGGAGAGACAUCAAGCCCAUCGCAACCACAAACGGCUAAAAGAAGCAUAUGAUAGAGAAAAGGCUAGGGCCUUACGAAAUAACUCUAGACCCUCAAUGGCGAAAGUGUUCAUCGCUGCACACGGAUCUGCCGUGCUCCAAGCCGCCGUCCUGAAGCUGAUAGCCGACCUGCUGAACGUUAUUGGGCCAUUGUGCGUCGGUGGUCUGACCUAUUACGUUGUUACAAUCGCAUACCCAGAGGAUGGGAUCCAGAAGGAACCUCAUUAUGUGACCAUCGGAGAGUUCUUUGAGAACGGCUUUGUCCUAGUGUCUGCAUUAUUCAUUGAGCUGGUCAUGCGUCUCUGCGUUCUCCACAUGUAUCGCGCUAAUGUGCAACUGGAGGGUGGAAACAUCCGCGCGGGACUUCAGGCAAUGAUUUACGACAAAGCGCUUCGACUGGCUGCGUUCACAACCACGGGAGGUCACAUGACCAUGGGACAGAUUGCCAAUCACAUGUCGGCUGAUGUGGCCAAUAUCAUGCAGGCCGUGGUCACCUGCAACAUUCUCUGGUCCUCUCCGUUUCAGAUAGCCAGCGUGCUGGUGUUGCUGUAUUUCCAAAUAGGGUUUUCAGCGUUGCUCGGCUCCUCUCUGUUCAUCAUUGUUUUGCCGAUUCAGGUCAAAGUUGCUGGUCUUCUCGCUAAAAAGCAGAAGGCCCGUUUGGGCUGUUCGGACCGACGCCUGAAGCUGACUAAUGAGCUCCUCCAAGGGAUUAAGCUCCUGAAGAUGUACGCCUGGGAAAUGCUCUACUGCAAAGCCGUCGAGAAAAUCCGGAAGAAAGAGCUGAUGUACCUGCUCCAGAUCAAUAUGUGUACCAUUACAUCACUGUUUAUGACGCUGGGGUUUCCUAUGCUAGUCACGUUAGUGGCUUUUACAACCUACGCGCCUCUUAACGGGAUGCCGCUGACUCCUUCAAUCACAUUUGCCUCGCUGGCGCUCUUCAACCAAAUCAUCCUCCCGCUGUUCAACAUCCCCGUGUCCCUCUCGGCUUUCUUAAGCGCUAAGGUGAGCACAAAGCGGCUGCUGAAUUUCCUCCUGGCGCCUGAGAUUGAGGGGGACCGUUCACUUGCUGUGGAAUGGGAUCAAGAGAGUCGGCCCUACUCUAGGAAGAAAAUGGUAUCCAACAAAAGUUCGACUUCGAUCGGAGCUCGGACCGAUUCCACGAAUGAUGAUGCGCUUCAAAUGGGCGCUAACUCAUCGAUAGAGGGCGGGAGCUCCACGCCGGUUGCAUCGAGGAAUGAUGACCCUGGUAUAGCUGUGAAGAUUACACACGGUAGUUUUGCGUGGGAUCCUGAGAGUGACGCACCCAUUCUGUCCGACAUCAAUGUGGAGAUACCAGCAGGCAAACUCACAAUGGUGAUCGGGCAAGUCGGUAGCGGGAAAUCCUCGCUGCUGUCCGCCAUCCUAGGGGAGAUGACUACCGUCAAGGGUGAUGUCUCCAUUAAUGAACAAUAUGACCGCAUGGCCUACGCAGCUCAACGGCCAUGGCUUCUGAAUGCCUCCUUAAGGGACAAUAUUCUUUUCACUUCCAAGUUGGACAGCAAACGGUACAACAAUGUCUUGGAGGCGUGUGCUUUACCACCAGACAUUGACAUCUUGCCAGCAGGAGAUUUGACCGAAAUUGGCGAGAAAGGUAUCAAUCUGAGUGGAGGACAGAAGCAACGAGUCAGCGUAGCACGGGCAAUAUACUCGGACAGGGAUAUCGUUAUACUGGACGAUCCCCUGUCCGCGCUGGACGUUCAUGUCGGCAGGCAACUCUUUGAGGAAGGGCUCAUGAAGCUGUUGAUUGCAAACCACAAAACUGUGAUUCUCGUGACCCAUCAGCUGCAAUAUCUCAGCAGAGCGGAUCUUAUCCUCGUAAUAAAAGACGGUCGCAUUGCUGCCCGGGGUGACCUGGAUGACAUCAUUAAAGCAGAUCCCGUGAUGUACGAGGAGAUCAAACAGGUGUCAGCGGUGGGAUGGGACGAUGCACAGGCAGAGAGUGCCGACGAAGAGCGGAAUGUUCUGCAGCACAGCGUCGCCAAAAAGAAGGGGAAGACGGAUGGAAAACUUGUAGUGAAGGAAGACCGGGUUGUAGGAUCCGUUUCUUUCAAGAAUUACCUGUAUCUGAUGAGGAACAUGGGAUGGGGUCUGGUGGUCUUAAUAUUUGCAACCGCCGCAAUGCAAACGUCGUCCGCUCUGGUCACCAAUUUCUGGUUGUCUGAAUGGUCAGAAGCGGGAUUGUCUAACCAGAGCGGGAAGUCCGAAGCACAGUACAUGGCUGGCUACGUCGGGCUGUCUAUUGCCAGCGUUUUGUGUCAACUGAUGGCAUUCAGUGCUGUCCUUGUGUCCUUUUUGGUUGCUGCUAGACGCUUGCAUCAGAACAUGUUGCGGAAUAUCAUACGUGCCCCUUUAAGGUUUUUUGACACAACUCUUGUUGGGAGGAUACUGAACCGAUUCUCGAAUGACACCAUGCAGAUUGAUGCCAGAAUGUCUACGUCGUUCAACGGAACAAUCAUAUCAUUUUUGCAGUGCUUCUCUUCCGUAGUGGUCGUGGCCAUUGUCCUGCCCGUGUUUUUGGUCUUUGUCUUUCCGAUAGCUGUUGUUUUCUACUUUCUGCGGAAGUACUAUCUGGCUACAUCGAGAGAAAUUCGGCGAUUGGAUAGCACCAGCAAAUCGCCAGUCUUUGCCCAUUUCUCGGAGACUCUAGGCGGCCUGUCUGCAAUCCGCGCUUACAGAAAGGAGAGAACCUUCUACGACACGAUAUUGUCUCGCAUCGAUAAAAAUACGACAGCAUUUUUGUAUUUCCAGAUUGGAAUUAGAUGGCUUGCAACACGCAUGGAGUUCCUGGGAGCGUCUUUUGUUCUGCUUGCCACUUUGUCGACCUUAAUUGGCGCUGUGGCGUUUGGUAUUGAUCCUGGCUUGGUGGGCCUGAGUUCUUCAUACGCCCUCGCGAUGUCGUCCUAUAUGACGUUCCUUCUGCAAAAUUCUUCUGAAGUCGAGACACAUAUGAAUGCUGUAGAGAGAGUCCACCAUUAUACCGAUGUAGAAACCGAAGACUAUGGAGGUGAAGUUCCUCCGCCAGACUGGCCGCAAAGAGGCGACAUUCAAAUCGACAACAUCUCCGUCAGAUAUGAGUCAGAUCUUGAUCCUGUUCUGAGCAAUAUCUCAGCCCAGAUGAAGGCGGGUGAAAAGGUCGGUAUAUGCGGCCGAACAGGAAGCGGAAAAUCCUCCCUUGCCCUAGCUCUGCUCAGAGCCAUUGAUGUCUUCGAAGGUGAGAUACAUAUUGACGAUGUUGACACCAAGACAGUGCCACUAACCGUACUGAGAAGCAAGAUUUCUAUUAUCCCGCAAGACCCAUUGCUCUUUGCAGGAGCCAUAAGAACAAACUUGGAUCCUGAGGGAACGCUGGAAGACGAUGAUCUGUGGCACGCACUUGAGAUGUCACAGCUGAAGGAGUUGGUGUCACAGCUGGACGGGGGAAUAGACUCGAAGGUUACAGAGGGCGGUGAGAAUUUCAGCGUUGGCCAGCGGCAGCUGUUCUGUCUGGCUCGAGCCUUCCUCAGGAAAUCCAAAAUUCUUAUCAUGGAUGAAGCCACAGCUUCAGUGGAUAUGGAAACGGAUCAAAUGCUGCAGAUGGUACUGGCUACUGCGUUUACUGAUCAGACAGUACUGACUAUAGCUCACCGCAUUGAAACCAUCAGGGAAUCUGACAAGAUCAUCGUGCUGGACGGGGGACGUGUGGCGGAGUUUGGGAGCCCUGAUGAACUUCUGGCGGACGAGGAUGGGAUGUUCACCUCAUUGGUUGGAAACAAUUGAUGUAGGAAAGGUGCUCGCUCAGCAAUGAAACAAUAGACGUGUAAGUGUGUCAGAAAUUAUGCAUUUUUUAUUAGAUUUGAAAUUUAAAAGAAGACGAGGUGUGGACAUUUAUUUCAGCAUUACUGUCGAAAGCAAAGACCAAAGAAGUAACAUUGUCAGAAACUAUGCAUUAUUGACGGAUUGUAUAUAUUUUAUAGAAAGGAUCCAUGAACAUUUUUGUUGGGCAUCAUUACUGUUGGAAGCAAUUGGCGCAGAAACAGCACUGAAAAAUUGCCUGGGUUAAUUUUACCCUAGAAAGGCAGAAAACUGCAAGUACCGAAAAUUGGGUUGUUUUUUACUCGAUUGUUUGGGUUAUAAUUUCUGUUAAAUUCAACCAAAACUUGUGGUCAUACAAGACCAAAUUUAAUUUGGUCUUGUAUGGUUACAACUUUUGGUUGAAUUUAACAGAAAUUAUAACCCAAACUAUUGGACAUAGAACAACCCAAUUUUGGGUAGUUGCUGUUUACCCUUUCUUGGGUAAAAUUAACCCAGACAAUUUUUCAGUGAGGGUAGUUUUCAUUGAUGAGUAAAUCAUUAGCACUAUCCUUAUUAAAACUUUAUUGAAUGGGUACUUUUUUUAAGAACAGCUUGAAGAAAUUGUUUAAAGAACAGUUUGAGCAAUUUUUAAAUCACGACUGCACUGGAAAAGGGUUCCGUUACAUUGGCACAAAUAUGUCUGGUUAAAAGUCAGCAGUAAUAAUAUUUGUUGUAAUCUGAUGCAUACUUGAUAAGCUGAUAUCAACUGAUGUUAUCAGGGAAAAUGGAAUGAACUUUACACUAAAACAUGGGUUUUUUUUGGAAUAAAUAUGUAGGCCUAUGUAACUUAAAGGUGCGAAUUUAACUGUUAAAACUGUUUUAACUUUUUAUUUCUUUUAGAGUUUAACAGUGCCUUUAUAUUGGUGUAUUGCACCGAAUGACAAUUUUGUUUCAAUGAUACGGUUGUAAAAUAGUCACUACAACUUAUUAUUACUAUACUAACCUUAAUUUAACCGUUGACUUAUAUUUUUGCACCAUAUUUUACACUAAAACUUUUUCGUUGCAGUAAUAUGCAUAUUCAAAUUUGAUAUUCUUUUUUUUUUCAAAUUUUUUGGUUUGGUUUUGAAUUAAAUAAAAAAGGUAGACGUUAUGCCAAAAAUGCGUUUUCGACCACAAAUGUUAAAAUGCCUUCUGGUGGUCAUCACAGCGCAACCAAAUGACGUCAGAUUAUAGAAUACUGGUCAACCAACAUUGCUGCCCGCGUAUUUCUUUCCUAGGAGGGUUGGGGACAAUUAAUCAAUUCCCCUUCCCCUUUCCCCUCUAAAUUUAAUUGCAUGUUGUGUUUCAGUCUUGCGUGAUCUGCAAGACGCCGCAUGCUGACGGAUCUACCUCCUUCAAGCAGUCGGCCACUGUAAUCACUUUAUUCCGCCAAUAAGAAAUAAUUGAUAAAUCGGCGUUUUGUCGCACCUCGUCAGUACGCUGGGAGUAUCCUAAAUAACUAUGUGCGUUCCUUUUUCUGUAUUCAUUCAUUGACGGAAAACAAUAUUCGCAAAAUUAAAUGUUACCGAUAGAAACGUGCUACACUAAUAGAAGUGUUAUUCCUAUUUUUAUUGCUUCUCACCACCAUGAGUAAAUGGGUACCUGUGAGGACAGAGCUAGAAAAAAAAAUAGUACCCAGGUGCAUCCAGGGAAAGUCGGCAGCCGUUUUGAAACACAGCCAAAUGGUAUUCAUUUAGCUGAAAGAAAUUCUUUGCAUUCAGAAAGACGAGUGUUUUUUUAUGGAACGGAAUAAGAAUCGCUGUAAUUACAGCAAAAUGCCUAGCUCGAUAACAGCUUCGGGAAGGAACGGAAUAUUGGUGUAUCUUCCCAUCACAACAUUCUACUACUUGAUAUCGGCAAAAUGGCUCCAAUAGGUAACUGGAAAUCAACGUUAAACGAAGUUAAUGGUUAAAUUUAUAA